CUGGCAGCUUUCCAGGUCGGCGCACUAAUAUGGGAGCUGAGUCUUGGAGGCUCCAGCCUGACUGACGCCGGCUGGGGCUGGGACUGGGGCUGGGGCCGCUGCCACCGCUGCAGCCGCAGAUUUGGUCCCCAACUCCAGCGUGGAGACAGCAGCCACGGGGCGCGCGCAGCCAGGCCAGUUUUGCAGUCCAUCCUAGGGCUUAGGAGAAUGACAGCAUGCUUCCCAACCUGUACCUGUCACAGUGACUACCAGAAGAAAAGGAAGAUCUAUGACAUUUCUGGAGAGUUACUUGCUGAUUACUUCUCUUAAGCCCUGCAGGCAGUGAAGGGCUGUCUGACCAGUCCCUGUUUUCACUGGACAGCUGCAGUCAACCUCUUAUGCACUCCAGCACCCCCAUCAGCUCUCUCUUCUCCUUCACCAGCCCAGCAGUGAAGAGACUGCUAGGCUGGAAGCAAGGAGAUGAAGAGGAAAAGUGGGCAGAGAAGGCAGUAGACUCUUUAGUGAAGAAGCUAAAGAAGAAGAAAGGAGCCAUGGAUGAGCUGGAGAGGGCUCUGAGCUGUCCAGGACAGCCUAGCAAAUGUGUUACGAUUCCUCGAUCCUUGGACGGGCGGCUGCAGGUGUCCCAUCGCAAGGGUUUGCCUCAUGUUAUUUAUUGCCGAGUGUGGCGAUGGCCUGAUCUGCAAUCUCACCAUGAGUUGAAGGCCCUGGAAUGCUGUGAGUUCCCAUUUGGCUCCAAGCAGAAAGAGGUGUGCAUUAACCCCUAUCACUACUGUCGUGUGGAGACAUCAGUGCUGCCGCCUGUAUUGGUGCCGAGACACAGUGAAUAUAACCCCCAACUGAGCCUUCUGGCCAAGUUCCGCAGUGCCUCCCUCCACAGUGAGCCACUCAUGCCGCACAAUGCCACCUAUCCUGACUCUUUCCAGCAGCCUCCAUGCUCGGCAUUCCCUCACUCAUCAGGGCAAGCAUUCUCACCGUCCCCGUGCACAGCCAGCUACUCUCACUCCCCAGGAAGCCCUUCAGAGCCAGAAAGCCCCUAUCAACACUCAGACUUUCGGGCAGUUUGUUAUGAGGAGCCCCAGCACUGGUGCUCAAUUGCCUACUAUGAACUGAACAACCGAAUUGGUGAGACGUUCCAGGCUUCCUCCCGAAGCAUACUUAUAGAUGGAUUCACAGACCCUUCAAAUAACAGGAACAGAUUCUGUCUUGGACUUCUUUCUAAUGUAAACAGAAACUCAACAAUAGAAAAUACCAGGAGACACAUAGGAAAGGGUGUGCAUUUAUAUUAUGUUGGGGGAGAGGUCUAUGCUGAGUGUGUGAGCGACAGCAGCAUCUUUGUCCAGAGUCGGAACUGCAACUAUCAGCACGGUUUCCACCCAGCCACUGUCUGCAAGAUCCCCAGUGGUUGUAGCCUCAAGAUCUUCAACAACCAGCUCUUUGCUCAGCUGCUUGCUCAGUCAGUUCACCAUGGAUUUGAAGUAGUCUAUGAGUUAACUAAGAUGUGCACUAUCCGGAUGAGUUUCGUUAAGGGUUGGGGAGCUGAGUACCAUCGCCAGGAUGUCACGAGCACCCCCUGCUGGAUUGAGAUUCAUCUUCACGGGCCACUGCAGUGGUUGGACAAAGUUCUGACUCAAAUGGGCUCUCCACAUAACCCGAUUUCUUCUGUGUCUUAAUAGUUAAGUAUUAAUCCCCAUUUUUAUAGAACAGAUGCUGUUGCAGACAGUGGCUUAUAUCAUUUCAGAUUUGCAACUAAAGUGUCUAAGUAUAUCUGUAAAUACAUAAUAUAUACUGUUCAUCUGUUUUAUCACCACUUAUUUUCUGCUUUCUAGUUAAGCUGAUGCCAUAGAAAAGCAGGUUUUUUUGCGCCUAUGAUGUAAGAAGCAGCAGCUCCUUUUGUGGGAGGAAACAAAGAAAGGCAACUCUUUCAAUAUCUAAAGGUUUUUGGUAUAACAAAAGGCAGCUUUAGUCAGCAACGUCAAUAUAAGGCAGGUUGUGUCGCCCACCAGAAAAAUACUAAAACUGUUUAUACAGCAAAAGUCGGGUACUAGCAGCACUAGAGUAAAUAAUACUUUUAGACAAAAUGUAGCAAUCAAACUCAUUUAAUUUAAAUUAUUUCACUUUUAGUGCUAUUGGCAAGAAAAAAAAUAAGCUUAUACAAUCAGUUAUGUAAGAUAAGACACAUAAACUUUAUUUCUGAAGUUGAAAUGCUUAUACUUGGACAGUUGUGCUCAUAUUUUUAUUUAUUUUUUAUUAUUUUUAUUAUUUUUUUUAGAGAAACAUCUUUUAUUUGGGGAACAUAUACCAAAAACAGAUCAGUAAGUA